UACACUUUACUGGGGUAUAAAACACAGUAAUUUAAAAAAAGCAAUUGCAAAACGGUUGUCUAUCAGUCAUUUACAACAACAGUCCAGAAACAUACCAUUCACCAUGAAGGUUUUCGUAAUACUGUGUGCCUUUGCUGCUUGCAUGUUUGCUGCAGGAGAUCCGGUUCCUGCAGUUUCUCCUGUGGCUGAUGCGCCAAGCCUUUCAUCGGAGAAAACUGAAGACGUGUCUGUUGAAGCACCAGCAGUAGUUCCGGAAGCGCCAGAAGUAGCAAGUGAAGAAGUCGCUCCUGAGACCCUGGAAGAACCUGAAGUAGCAAGCGAAGAAGAAGAAGUUGACAGCGGCAGUGAAGAAGAAGUAGAAGAAGAAAGUGAGGGAGAGGAAGAAGAAAAUGAGGAAGAAGAAGGAGAAGAUGAGGAAUCAGAAGAAGAGGAAGAGAAAGAGGCAGAGGAGGAGGAAGAGGAGGAGGAAGAAGAAGAGGAGAUAGAACAAGAAAGUGGAAGUGAAAGUGAUUCAGCUGCUGAUAAUAGUAGUUCAUCUGAAGAAUCUUCAUAAUAAAUUAUUGGUAGUGAUGCACUUGGAUCUGGCGCUAAUAAUCUCGCGAAUGCUCAGUAAAACAUAUAGAUUAAAAAUGAAUAAGCAGUUACUUUUGAAUUUAAUAAUAAAGUAAGCAUCCACAUACAGAA